UUGGCAAUGGUCUUGUGAUUCGGGUGUCGAGGGAGGUGUGAAUCAAUGACAGCAGGUCUUCGUUUCUCUGCAAUUGAAAUAUUAAAUACAAUUUAAUACUUCGAUUAAUACAUCACGUCUAAUACAUUAGGAACAGGAGUUACGGAAUAGCAACAAAAAUGGUUGAUCGCGUCAACAUCAAAGAAAUGAUACCGGCUUUGCCGGAUGAAAAAAUUGAUAUGCUUGCUGCCACCAGUAUUCUUCAGCAACAAGCUGCUGAUAUUAGAAAUCAGCAAAUCAAAUGGCAGUCGUAUCAACAGUCUCACAUGAUAUCUAAGGAAGAUUAUGAUUUUAUAGUAGCUUUUGAUACAAAUGAUGCUAGUGUUCGGGAUGGAAAACUGAAGGAAAAUCCACAUCAAGCUGCAAAAACAUUUCUUAACUUACUUGGUCAUAUUUCAAAAGACCAAACUAUUCAGUACAUUCUUACAAUGAUUGAUGAUAUGCUUCAGGAAGAUCGUAGUCGGGUAGAAAUCUUCAGAGAACAUUCAAGCCGUAAACGUGAGUCAGUAUGGGGUCCUUUCUUAAACUUAUUAAAUAGACAAGAUGGAUUUAUAAUGAAUAUGACAUCUAGAAUUAUUGCCAAACUUGCUUGUUGGAGCCAUGAUUUAAUGGAAAAAACAGAUCUCCAAUUCUACUUGACAUGGUUAAAAGAUCAACUAAAACUCAGUAAUAAUGAAUACAUUCAGUCUGUGGCACGUUGUUUACAAAUGAUGCUUCGCAUAGAUGAAUAUCGUUUCGCAUUCGUGUCUGUUGAUGGAAUUUCUACCUUGUUGAGUGUUCUGACGGGCAGAGUAAAUUUCCAAGUACAGUAUCAACUGAUAUUUUGUAUAUGGGUACUUACUUUCAAUCCUUUACUUGCAGAGAAAAUGAAUAAAUUUAGUGUUAUUCCUAUUUUAGCGGACAUAUUAAGUGAUUCCGUUAAGGAGAAAGUAACUCGCAUUAUUUUAGCAGUAUUUAGAAACCUUAUUGAGAAAGUAGAGGAUGGACAAGUUGCCAAAGAACAUUGUAUCGCGAUGGUACAAUGUAAAGUACUGAAGCAACUUUCGAUUCUUGGACAACGUAAAUUCGACGACGAAGAUAUAACCGAUGAUAUUGAAUUUUUAAAUGACAAAUUACAAGCAUCCGUUCAAGAUUUAAGCUCUUUUGACGAGUAUUCGACCGAAGUAAAGUCGGGACGCCUUGAAUGGUCUCCCGUUCAUAAAUCUGGUAAAUUCUGGCGAGAAAAUGCAAAUCGAUUGAAUGAAAAGAAUUAUGAGUUGCUGCGUAUUUUGGUACAUCUAUUGGAGACUAGCAAAGACCCCUUAGUUCUCAGCGUAGCUAGCUUCGAUGUAGGAGAAUACGUAAGGCAUUAUCCACGUGGUAAACAUAUAAUAGAACAACUUGGAGGUAAACAACGAGUGAUGCAACUUUUAGGACAUGAAGAUCCUAAUGUGAGAUAUGAAGCUCUCCUCGCCGUUCAAAAACUCAUGGUACACAAUUGGGAGUAUUUAGGAAAGCAACUGGAGAAAGAACAGACUGGAACAAAUGCGCCAGGAGCAAAACCUGGAGCACAAGUCCCAGCGAAAGCUUAAAUAACUAUGUAAGUUUUACAACUGUAAAUUUCACUUAAAGUCUGUACAUUUUGUCUUUGUUUUCAUAUUACCUCUAAAUGCUUUUAUUUGUCAGUAUUUUACACUACAUAUAAAAAUCGAAAAAAAAAAGUUCUGUAUUAUGUUUUAAUAUAGUUAUAUGUAGAGACAAAAGAGCAAUAUAUAUGCCAACAAGCGUUCGAUUCACGAUAUUAUCAAAUUUAAUAAAUCGGAAGAUGUACAUAACUGUUACAACGUAUUGAAUAGCGGGAUGAAGACAUUUGUAGAAUGUUAAUGGAAUUUAUAUUGGCAUAAAAUAUCCAGUGCAGUAACAGACAUUAUUACGUUACCUGAGUUUGAAUGAUCCUCUACUUAAAUGGACUUACCGUAGUUUUGUCCGAACAGUGGAAAAGACGAUCUUGAAGUAAGAACGAGCAACCAUGAGAUAGUAACGAAUCUCGUUCCAUUUCUCCAAAUCGAACACCACCACCUCUUCUUCUACCUUUUAUGGGUUGUCUUGUUAAAACAUCGAUCGGACCAGUGCUUCUUACCUGUAAAAAUUGUGAAAUACUAGAUAAAUUUGAAAAUGAGAAACUUU